GAUCGACUCACGACUCAACGAAGGGAGCUAGCUGAGCUGUUGGUUUAUGGUUUAAGGAAUUGAGAGCUUGGCUAGAAGACCCAGAAUCCCAAACACCCGAAAGAGCAAAGCAAGAUAUCAAGUUCUUCCAAGGGGCAGUUUCUUGUUUAGUGGGGUUUUAGGGGCAAUAAUCACUCAAAACUCACCUUGAAUUGGAUAAAGAGGCGAAGUGCUGACUCUGUAACUAUGGGAUUAGAGGUCCAGAUAGAGCCUGUUUUCGGCCAGCUCACGGUUGAGUGGGCUGUACUGGGCUCAACUGUGCCGCCGCGGCAGUUCUUGUUCCACCUUCAUGCCCCGGAUACUUUGCGCCUUGGAAUUCAUGUCACUGAUUUCCAUUCUAAUACAUGGGAGGCUGUACGGUCGGUUAGUCAGCUCGAGGACAUGCAGGACAGCAUUGGAGUAGGAGGCAGUUGGUCAGAGUUCAUUGACUACCUUGUAAAUUCCAUAAAGUCUGAAGAUACAAAGCUUGUUUUAGAGGGAUGUUCAGACUCGGAUGGUGCUGUGAAUGCAAAGUUGGUUGCUCAGAAGUCUAAAGGAAUGCCUAAAAUUUCCAUUGCUCUCACAAAGCUUGUGGGCUUGGCUGCUACUGAGGCUAUUGCAAAUUUCUCUCUUCGGCUAUUCAAGGAGUUCAAAAGCAUCAAUGACUCUUUUGUAGAAGAACGUGAGCGGUCUAUGCAAUUAUCCAAAGUGGUAUCAGCAGAAAAGGAAAGAAAUGAGAGCAUCCAGAGCCAACUCGAGCAGUAUACUAAGAGGCAAAAGAUACAACGGAUCGGUUCUUCAGACGUUAAUGGUGCACAAAACUCUCCAGAAAAACAAACUGCUCGAGAUACAAAAUCAAUUAAAGUUGUCAAUCGGGUGGUGCCUGCAUAUCGCAGGGCAAAAGUACGUGGUGCUGUUCUGCAGGAUAUCGAAGAUGAAACUUAGUAAAAGCUUGUCAUUGACUUUCUUUUUCUUUCCUCCUAUUUUGGUACAAAGCUUGUUAGUGACAAUGGUGUUUGAGGUGGGAUUCUGAAUCUAGGUGUAGGGAUUUUUUUGGUAUUGAGUGUACUUAAUAAAUUUUGCUGUUAGCUUGAUAUAAAAGACAUCAAGAUUAUUUUUGAGUUUCAGUCUUUAGUGAGUUUGUUAAGGCUGUAUACAUAUCAUGAUCUGUUGGUGACAUUUCCU